CCCGAAUUGACAAUCCUCCAGUGCAGAUUGUCGGUCAGAAAUGAAUUUCGUUCGUCGUAGUGCUGCGAUUGUCCUUUGUGCGAUAAUUUCUGCAUCGAUUGCCUCCGAUGGGGUUUUCAAUGCGGCAGGCUGUGGUCCCAACUACUACGGGGACCUAAUCCGAAGGCCUCCGAUCGGACGGUUGAUGGAGUUUCCGUGGUUGGCGCGAUUGGGCUAUCGCAAGAGCGACGAUUCAGUUGAGUAUCUGUUCCAAGGAACGUUGAUCCAUCCGUACUACGUCGUGACCAGUGUGUUCGCUGCCGGCUACAAUCAGAACUCUUUGGAAUUUGUGCGUCUCGGAGAGUAUCAAACAGAUACGGAUAAAGACUGUCAGGACAUCGAUGGUUACGAAAAGUGCGCUCCGCACCCUCAGGAUAUACCGAUACAGCAGAUCAUCAAACAUCCCCAGUACAACAAACCCCGACUGGCGAAUGACCUUGUGCUAUUGAAGCUGCAAAACCCGGCUAAUACAACCUCUGAAUUUGUAAGAACUAUCUGCGUUGCUAGCGGGGCAGAUUUCCCGCUGAACGACAACGCUGCCUUAUUUUUCAGUGCAUGGUGUGGUAGCGUGAAGGCAGGCAUCUCGGUGGUUCCCAUGCAGUAUCGAAUGCAGCUGAUAAGCCCGUCGAGUUGUGCACAGAAGCUUUCCUCCGACAUGGACAUCGACCUAAAUCAGUCAUCGCAGUUUUGUGCCGUGAUGGAUUUGGACAAAAAGCAAAAGCAAAAGACCAAGGAUCUAAGCUUGAGAGGUAGUACCGGAGCACCGUUGCAGAUGUUAGGUCCGGAUGGGCGCUUCUACCUGGUGGGGACGAUGUCGAUCGGAGUGAGGAACGCUCGCCUCGAGACACCCUACGUGUUCGGUCAUAUGGUACAGAUGGCAGAGUGGCUCGAGCAGACAGUGGCCAGCGAGGAGGGAAAGCGACCGUAAACCGGUGUGGGGAAAUACGUCAUACUUCAAAGCUGCCUGCAAUGUUGGUGAAGAUGGUAACUAUUGCCAAACUGGUUUCGGGAUAAACUGGAACCCAACCAGACGACGUGACGUCGUUGUCAUCGUCGUCGUCUGUGUCGUUUUGAAAGUUCACAUUAGUGGUGGAGUGGUUGGUAAUGUGAUCGUUUGAGUUGGAUUUGCCUUGAUGAUGUGAAGGCGUUAUUAUUUUUUUGAU